GGUUCAGAGCAGGGCUGCCCUUGGCAGUGCGGGUGUAAGGUGAGGCUGGGCAGAGCUCUGUCUUACUCCUGCCCCCCUUGGCCAGAUCAGGCUCCUGAAUGGAGCUGCGAUCCUACCAGUGGGAGGUGGUCAUGCCUGCCCUGGAGGGCAAGAAUAUCAUCAUAUGGCUGCCCACGGGCGCUGGGAAGACCAGGGCGGCCGCCUAUGUGGCCAAAAGGCAUCUUGAGACCAUGGAUAGAGCCAAGGUCAUUGUACUGGUCAACAGGGUACACCUGGUGGCCCAGCAUUAUGAGGAGUUCAAGCGAAUGCUGGAUGGGCGCUGGGCCAUUGCAACCCUGAGUGGGGACAUGGGGCUGCGCCCCGGCUUUGGACACGUGGCCCGGAGCAAUGACCUGCUCAUCUGCACAGCUGAGCUGCUGCAGCUGGCCCUGAGCAGCCCCGAGGAGGACGAGCACGUGGAGCUCAAUGCCUUCUCUCUCCUCGUGGUGGAUGAGUGCCACCACACGCACAAAGACACCGUCUACAACGUCAUCCUGAGCCGGUAUCUGCAGCACAAACUCCAGGGGACGAGGCCCCUGCCCCAGGUGCUGGGCCUCACGGCCUCCCCGGGCACUGGCAGGGCCACCAAGCUCGAUGGAGCCAUUGACCACAUCUUGCAGCUUUGUGCCAACCUAGACACGUGGCGGAUCAUGUCACCCCAGACCCACCUCCCCGAGCUGCAGGAGCACAACCGCCUGCCCUGCAAACAGUACGACCUCUGCCACAGGCGCAGCCAGGACCCGUUUGGGGACAUGCUGAAGAAGCUCAUGCAACAAGUACAGGACCGCCUGGAGAUGCCUGAGCUGAGCCAGGACUUCGGGACGCAGACGUAUGAGCAGCAGGUGGUGGAGCUGAGCAAGACCGCGGCGGAGGCCGGGCUCCAGGAGCGGCGCGCCCAUGCGCUCCACCUGCGGCGCUACAACGACGCGCUGCUCAUCCACGACACGGUGCGCGCCGUGGACGCGCUGGCCACGCUGCGCCAGUUCUACGACUGGGAGCGAGCCACCAAGACGCAGGUGCUGCGGGCGGAGCGCUGGCUGCUGGCUCUGUUCGACGACCACAAGAAUGAGCUGGCCCGCCUGGCAACGCGUGGCCCGGAGAACCCCAAACUGGAGAUGCUGGAGCAGAUCCUGCAGGAUCAGUUUGGGGGUCCCGGCAGCCCCCGCGGCAUCAUCUUCACCCGCACCCGCCAGAGCGCGCACUCCCUCCUGCUCUGGCUCCGGCAGCAGCCGGGUCUGCGGACGGUGGACAUCAGGGCCGAGCUGCUGAUCGGGGCCGGGAGCAGCAGCCAGAGCGCCCAUAUGACCCAGAAGGAACAGCAAGAAGUGAUCCGUAAGUUCCGGGAUGGGACCCUGAACCUCCUGAUGGCCACGAGCGUGGCGGAAGAGGGCCUGGACAUCCCCCAGUGCAACGUGAUUGUGCGCUACGGGCUCCUGACCAACGAGAUCUCCAUGGUCCAGGCAAGGGGCCGUGCCCGGGCCGAUCAGAGCGUGUACUCCUUCGUGGCCACCCAGGGCAGCCGGGAGCUGCGGCGGGAGCAGACCAACGAGGUCCUCGAGGCUCUGAUGGAGCGGGCGGUGGCUGCGGUGCAGCAGAUGGACCGGGCCGAGUACCAGGCCAAGAUCCGGGACCUGCAGCGGGAAGCCCUGGUCAGGCGGGCGGCCCAGGCGGCCCAGAAGCAGACCCGGCAGCAGCAGUUCCCGGCCGAGCAAGUGCAGCUCCUCUGCAUCAACUGCAUGGUGGCCGUGGGCCACGGGAGCGACCUGCGGAAGGUGGAGGGCACCCACCACGUCAACGUGAACCCCAACUUCUCGAUCUACUACAACGUCUCUGAGAAGCCCGUGGCUAUCGACAGAGUCUUCAAGGACUGGGUGCCCGGGGGCGUCGUUAGCUGCAGGAACUGUGGGGAACUCUGGGGUCUGCAGAUGAUCUACAAGUCCGUGAAGCUGCCGGCGCUCAAAGUCCGCGCCAUGCUGCUGCACACCCCGCGCGGGCGGAUCCAGGCCAAGAAGUGGUCCUCCGUGCCCUUCCCGGUGCCUGACUUCGACUACGUGCAGCACUGUGCCCAGGCCCUGUCCGACCUCUCCCUGAACUGAGCAUCUUGUCGCUGCAGUACUUAGAUCAGGCUGUAGGGGGCGCGAGAAUCCGCAGCAGCAGCAGCAGCAACAACAGCAUCUUCCCUGAACCAAGUCGGUGCAGAUCCCUCCGUGCCGGGAGUCACCAGCUCAGGGGCUUGCUGACCAGCCACAGAGAAAUCCCAGGGGCCCAGACUGACUUCAACUUCCACAUUAAGGAAGCAGCUGAAGGGCCACAGCUCAGCCCCUGGCCCCCCUGACACCCACACAGACACUUCUACACACUGGAUGGCAUGGGGGGGGAGGGGUAAGAACUGAGGCAGAAUGGCCACACUGUACAGUGGUGCCCCCUUACCCAUGCUUUCGUUUUUUGUAGUUUGUUACUCCCCAUUAACUGCGGUCCAAAAAUAUUAAAUGGAAAAUUCCCAAAAUAAAUGAUUUUUAUGUUUUAAAUUGUG